GUGUCAUUCAAACGGAGACUGAAGGCGAGUCUAACACUUCAACUCCAACAAAAUUCUUCGUUAGAGAAAGGAAGGAAUCAAAGGUCGGCAACUGCUCACUUUUCGUCAAGUUAAAUUUCCUUCUGCUCAUACACUACAUCGCCAAUUCUCUUCCGUCUUGCUUCGCCUAUCCAACUUCACCAUGGCCGAGACCCACCACUUCGACGUAGCCCGCCUGUUUGGCGUAAAGGACUUCACGGCCGUAGUCACAGGAGGCGGCACAGGAAUCGGGCUCAUGGCCACGCAAGCCCUCGCCGCCAACGGAGCAAAAGUCUACAUCACGGGCCGCAGAACAGACGCCCUUGAGACCGCAGCUAAGACGCAUCGUCCGUCCUCUAGCGGAGGGCAGAUCAUCCCCAUUGGCCCCUGCGAUGUGACGAGCAAGGACGACCUGGAGAGACUGGUCAAGGACUUAGGCGAGAAGGAGAAGUACAUCGACCUUCUCGUCUGCAACGCUGGCGUGUCAGGGCCCAAGGCGGAGCCCGAUACGGGACAUGCUGGAGAUUUGAAAGAAAAGCUGUGGCACAACGAGUCGGUUGAUCAGUGGCAGGACACGUACAAGACGGACGUGACGUCGGUGUACUUCACCACGGUGGCGUUCCUGCCACUACUACAAGCGGGUAUCCGACCAAAGGGCAACCUUGAGCCAUUCGCGCCGAGCGUCAUUACCAUUUCGUCCAUGUCAGGAAUUAUGCGGGAUGCGCAGGGCCAUUUCAGCUACAACACUGCCAAGGGCGCGACGGUGCACUUGACGAAGCUGAUGUCGUCUGAGUUCCAGAAAGCGGGCAUUCGGGUCAACUCGAUUGCGCCUGGGUAUUUCCCUUCGGAGAUGACGGUCAAGGAGAGUGACGAUCGCCAGAAGAGUCAUAUGCCGCCUGAGAAGAUCCGGGAGAAGGGUCACGUGCCGAUUCAGCGCGCAGGACGCGAGGAGGAGAUGGGCAUGACGGUGCUGUACCUAGCCAAGAAUCAGUAUGUGAACGGGGAGAUCAUCGCGGUGGACGGAGGUGUCUUGAACGAGCUUGGAGGAAGAUGACAAGGCACGGGACUCCGGGGGGAACAUAGAGUCGUCAAACGACAGGCACACUUGGCGGACUGAGGGGAAAUACAUGUUUUGCC